AUGUUCAAAAUUGUUAUAAAGCCAAUUACACAAAUACUUCAAAGUGAGAUCUUACUAGCAUCAAAUGUAUGUAAUUUCAAAUUGUACUGUAUUUUAACUAUUAAGAUUGAUAAAUGGUUAAAGUGAGUGGUAUUCAUGAUUCCUAUUCUAUUCAUUUCAUCAAGAUCUAAUGAUCACUAGAUUUUAAUUUAUGCUUACAUAAUUUGUAAUCUCUAAAUUACAAAAAUAAAUCCUUUUUUCAGAAUAGAAUAUAAUCUGUUUUAUUAAUCUACAUUUCACUUUGAAUUUUGUAAUUAUCUUACUCAUCUUAUAAGCAUAUCCAGAUUGGAAUGAUCAAAUAUUGUUGAUUUUCUUUGAUAUAAUAAUAGUAUAAUCAUUAAAUUCACAAUUGGUUGAUCUAAAAAUAAGGAAUAUAUUAUGUUCGCAGAACCAUCAAAAGACAUAGAAAGAGUAAAUGGAUUGAUUUCUUAUGUUAAAAUAUCAGCAUUGCAUUAUCUCAUUUCAACCUUUUUCAUAAAGGAUUAAUUUAUUGA